AUGGCCGACUACUAUGGCAGUCUCGCCGAGUUCACCGAUUUUGCUGGCCGUGUAGAAGAAGUUGCACAGGAUGAAGCAUAUCGUUAUGCGCCGCCGUUACGCCCCGUUCUCAGGGAUCGGCAGAAUCCAAUAGAGGCCUAUAACGACGCGGAAUUCCUGUGCCGGUACCGCUUUUCCAAGCGAGCGGUGAUGCGGCUGUUGGAAAUGCUGCCGCUACGCCCAAAGGACCACGAACGCGGUCACCCUGUUCCGCCACUGCUCCAGCUCCUCAUCGCGCUGCGAUUCUACGGCGCCGGAACCUUUCAAGUUGUUACCGGGGACCUUGUUAAUGUGUCUCAAGCAAGCGUGUCACGCAUCAACACACGCAUAUCAAGAAUGAUAGCUGACACAUUGUUCCCGCAGCUUGUGAAAUUGCCCAACGCCACUGAAGCGGCCGUGAUAAUGGAGGAAUUUUUUGCCAUGGCGCGUUUCCCUGGUGUAAGCGGGUGUAUAGACUGUACUCAUGUGCGCAUGAAAAAUCCCGGCGGAGAAGACGCGGAGGUGUUCCGGAAUCGAAAGGGCUACUUCUCAAUCAAUGUCCAGGUUGAAGCGCGUUUCGUGCCAGCUGGCACAGCGGCGCUAGAACUUGCCGCUGCAGCGGCACUGGAACUUGCUGCAGAUGGCACCACCGCCAUUGCGUGGUUGGCUGUCUGA